AUGAUGGAAUCGGUGGAGCAAUUAUCUAGUAAUGAUUUAGAAGUCAUGAUGGAAGUAGAAAACAAUUCUAUUGAUAGUAAUAUAAUCAAUAUUGACAGAAGCAAAAUUGAAGCUAUUCCAAAAACUAAUCAAGUACAAAUACAUAUAUAAAAAUUAAAAAUAAAUCUUUAAUAUGAGUAUGUAUGUCAAUUUUUUGUAGCCUAAAGAGUUGCAAGAUCUUACAGGUUUAACUGUGUAUGAUGUAAAUCAUUUUGAACAUGAAGUUUUACAACAAGUUAAUAAUGAUGUAUUGGACAACAAAAAUGUUGAUAUUUGUGAGGUUCCAACUUUAGGAGUUUUAGGAAUUGAAGAGACUGAAAAUGAACGUAAAAUUAGGACAGGAGAAAUGACACCUUUUGGUUCAACAGAAGUUUCACAAAACAAAACCAAAAGGUAUGUCACUCUGAUGUAGAUAUAAUAUUUAAAAUGUAGAUAAUCUUUAGAAUACAUUUGUAUUUAUUUGGGUUUAAACACUUUUAGCUCUGAAGAUGUGUUGCAAAAGUAUUUAGUUUCUCAGUCUAAACUAUCAACUAUGGUUCAAAAACCGAAAAAAAAAGCAUAUAGUACAAUUAAAGAACAAAAAAUAAUUGUUAAAAAUAAAGAACCAAUUGAAAAAUCAACAGAAACAUCUAAAAGUGAAUCCGGAAGUGAAUAUUUUCCAUCAACAGAUUCUGGUAAUAUCAAGUAAAUCAAUAUAGUAAAAUAUAUAUUAUAGUAAAUUUAUUUAAAUUUUUAGAAAAUGACACUUAUAUAAAAGCCAAAAAUCGAAAAAAGUCAUUCAUUAAAAAAAAAACUAAAUUUCCAGAGGAAGAUUGUACUAAUGGUUCUGAUGAGGAGUAUUUUGAAACAAAAUAUUAUUCUUUGAGUAAUAGUUUUUAAUAUAACUAUGGUGUUAACUUUAUAAAUAAGUAACCUAUAUAUCCAUUACUUUUUUCAAAGGUCAAUAUAAAGCAUUGGACGAUGGAAUUGAAGAAUAUUAUGAGAAUCGAUUAAAAGAAUAUGAAAAAUGUCAUCCUGAAAUUGCAACUGAUAAUGAUGAAUUAUUUCAUUGUAUUGAUGGAGAUUAUUUUAAAGUUCCUACAGAAAUUUGGGAAAAAUUAUACAAGUAAAAUAUCUAUAAAUAACAACUUAAACAUAUGGUUUAUAAUAUUUAUGUAUUCUAUAUUAUUGAUGUUAUUAGGUACCAACGCAUUGGCGUGAAAUGGUUAUGGGAAUUACAUCAACAAGGCUCUGGUGGUAUAUUAGGAGAUGAAAUGGGUUUAGGGAAAACAAUUCAAAUCAUUGUUUUUUUUGGUGCCUUAUAUUGGAGCCGUUUAAAAGAUAGCAUAACUGGUAUGCGUGGUUUAGGUCCUAGUUUAAUUGUUUGUCCAGCCACUUUAAUGCAUCAAUGGGUUGAUGAAUUUCAUAAAUGGUGUCCACCUAUACGUGCUGUUGUUUUACACGAUACUGGAUCUUAUAAAGGUAAUUUUUAGUUUGAAUAGUUGUAGUAAACAAUUUAUUUUUAAUAUAUAUUGUAGAACCUCAAUAAGUUAAAAUUCAAGGGAAAUGCAAUUUUUUUCAACAUAUUAAUGUUUUACGAAAAAAAAUUGAGUUUUUAAAAAGUAUUAUCAUUUUUUUUAUUAUUAUAUUGUAUAUGAAUUACAGUGUGUAUUAUUAUUUUAGACAAAUUAUGAUAAAAACGUGUUUAGUGUUACAAUUUUAAAAGAAAUAAUAAUAAUAAUUUAAUGAUUCUGUCUAUAUUCAGAACCCGAAAUGUUUGAGUUAUCUAGUUUUUCUUUCGAGUAAUCGGGGUUUUUGCAAGGGAACUUUAUUUAUUUUGAUUUAUUAUGGUUUUCGACUUAUUGAGGUUAAGUUGGGUUAGGUGAGAUUCUACUGUAUAUAAAAUGUAAUAUUAUUUACAUACUUUAAUAUUUACCACAAAACUAUUUAAGUAUAUUAGGUACAUAACAUAUUAGUUAUUUUGAUAUUUUUUUAUGGAAUCAUUUCAUUUUGUUUUAGGAAAACCAGAAAAUUUAAUAAAAGAUGUGUGGUGUAGAAAAGGAGUCUUGAUUACUACGUAUAGUGGUUUGCUACACCAUAUCAAUAAUUUGCUAAAAAAUAACUGGCAUUAUGUAGUGUUAGAUGAAGGACAUAAAAUUAGAAAUCCUGAUUCUAAAGUAAGACAAAUUUAAUUUUAGAAUAAUUUUAUGAUUUUAAAAUUAUAAAGUAUAGUAGGUAUGUCAUAUAUUAUCUACAAUUGUAGAUAAUGCAUAUACAAAAUUCUUACAUUUUUUUCUAAUUUAAUGUCCCCCCCUGUGAGCAUCUUACUUCCACCCUCUGUGGGGGAUAUGGUGGUAACAGUUUUGUUUAUAUUAACAAGGCUUCAGGAACUUAAUCUUGAUGUGUGAUUACAUUAUAAACAGAGGUUACCUCUGUUUACCUAAAUUAGCAUUUAGCUAACAUUUUUUAACAGUAGUCAAUUUAAUAUAAUCUUACACUUUAAGGAUAACUAAUUGAGGGUAGUGAAAUCUGUGAGUAUGACUUACAAUAUCCUGUAACUAGAUGAUUGUUCCACCUUCAGGUGUGAUGUUCUUCUCAGAGCAUUCACUAAACCUAUUACUGCUAUUGCUACUGUGUUAUUAUUGCAUUGAAAAUGAUCAGUCAACAUUUUGCUGCCCAUUCUUACUUACCUAUAUUAUAUGUAUACUCAAUAUGUUAACCUCACACCACCAAUGGGAUAAUUAUGUAUGAUGACAAUGUAUGAUAUUGUGUCUAAAUUGUUACACUAGUAACUUGUUAUAUGAAUUCUUCCAGAUAAUAAUAUUAAAUCUGAUUAUUUUAUUAGGUAUUACCUAAAAUAAUUUAAUGUUAUAGAUAACAGUAGCAGCGAAGCAAUUAAAAUCUAGUCACAGAAUUAUUAUAUCUGGUUCACCUAUACAAAACCAUUUGAAGGAAUUAUGGUCAUUGUUUGACUUUAUUUUCCCUAGUAAACUAGGAACUUUACCUGCAUUUAUUAAAAGUUUUGCUAUUCCAAUUACACAAGGAGGUUACGCAAAUGCUACGGAAUUACAAGUGAAUUUUAUUUUUAUUUGAUAAAUUGUUCUAUGUAUUUUAAUAUGAUUUUUCAUACAAUAGAUAACUACAGCUUAUAAAUGUGCUACGAUACUUAAAGAUACAAUAACUCCAUUCUUAUUAAGACGUAUGAAAGCCGAUAUUCAAUCUCAUAUUUCUUUACCUGACAAAAAUGAGCAAGUUCUUUUUUGUCGUUUAACUGAUGAACAAAAAACCUUGUAUCGAGGAUUCCUUGAACAUUCAGAUAUAAUUUCAGAAAUAAUAAAUGGUAAUUGUAAAGUGUUUGUUGGAAUAUCUCGAUUAAGGACUAUCUGUAACCAUCCUGAUCUUUUUCAAAUAAAUCUUGUAAGUUGUAUUACUUAUAAUACGUAUAUAAUAAAUUAAUAACAUUUAUAAAAAAUAAAUUUUAUCUUUAGUUCUUCUUCUUUGCCUUCAACCCAAUUAUUAGGUAUCAAUUUUUAGUUACAAAUAGAUUUUAAUUUAUUAGGAAUCUGGCCCUUUUGGUUAUUGGAAAAAGUCAGGAAAAAUGAUUGUAGUUGAGGCAUUACUUAAAAUGUGGAAAAAUCAAGGCCACCGAGUUCUACUAUUUACUCAAAGUGUAAAAGUAAGACAAAUUUUUAUAAUAUAUCUAAUUUAACAAAAUAUAAUCAUUUGUAUACUUUCUAAGAUGCUUCAGGUUUUCCAACAAUUUGUUAUUGAGCAAAAUUAUUCAUAUUUAAAAUUAGAAGGUACUACAUCUAUUAGUUCUCGUCAGCCCAUUAUUAACAAAUUCAAUAAAGUAACUAUUAUUUUUUGUACAUUUUUGUUUUUAAAUAAUAUUUGAUUUAUUAUAUUUUCUUUAGGAUUCUUCAAUAUUUGUUAUGUUAUUGACUACAAAGGUUGGUGGCUUAGGUGUUAAUCUUAUUGGUGCUGAUCGUGUUAUCAUAUUUGAUCCUGAUUGGAACCCUGCUACAGAUUUACAAGCUAGAGAACGUGCUUGGAGAAUUGGACAGACCAAUCCAGUUACUAUUUAUAGAUUACUCACUGCUGGAACUAUAGAAGAAAAGGUAUUUUUAUUGUAAAACAAAAAGUUAUUUAAAUUUCAAAUAAUUAUUUACUUAACUUUUAUUUAUAUAUUAGAUGUAUCAUCGCCAGAUCUUUAAACAGUUUUUAAGUAAUAAAGUAUUAGUGGAUCCAAAACAACGACGAUUUUUCAAGUCAAAUUAUUUAUAUGAACUAUUUACACUUCAAGAUGUGGAUGAAAAUGGUGUUGUCGAGACUACAGACUUAUUUGCUGGGACAGGCUCAGAAGUAUAUAAAUUAUUUAUUUUUUCAGCACAGUUUUAUAAUGUAAUGUAUGUGAUCCUAGGUUAAUUUAAGUAAAAUUAAAAAAGCUCGACACAAAAGAAAUAUAUCUAAAAAAGCCAGAUGUUCAUUUACUAAUGAAAAAAUUGAAGCUAUGAAACGGAAGGCACGAGAACUUAGUAAAAUGAUUGUUCAAAAUACAAAAUCAACAAUAAGUCAGCAGACAAAAUCGGAAUCAUGUUCUAAUAAUGACCAUUGUCUUAAUUUUGAUAUUACACCACAGAAAAAUGAUACUGAAAUCUCCCAUAAUACUGAUCAUCAUUCUGUUUUAAUGGAUAAUGACAGUACAGUUAUUGUACCAUGUAGUCAAAUAUCAAUAGAGAAAGUAUUAACAGAUGAAACUAUUACUACACCAAAUAGUUUUUAUAAGAGAAAAAAUGGUAAAGAUCCACCGAUUAAAUCCAAAAAAUCUAAAAUACCUUAUGUAGUCAAGUGUGAUGUUUAUCAAGAAGAAUAUGUUGACCAUCUUACAUCAAAAAAACAAGACGAUUAUGUUCUUGAAAAGUUAUUUAACAAAUCAGGUAUUAUGGAAUAAAUAAUAAAUACUAAACAUUAAAUACAAUUUAUACCUUGUAUUAAGAUAUUUAAUAAUUACAUUAAAACAAUCAGAUCAAAUAUAUUUAAAUUUUAAUUGGGUUUAAAUUUUUUAUUUUAUCUAGGCGUAAAAGCAGUAAUGAAACAUGAUAAAAUAAUGGAAUCUUCAAAGUCUGAUUAUGUUAUUAUUGAAAAUGAAGCACAAAGGUUAGCUAAAAAAGCGAUCAAAGACCUUGAAGCAUCUCGUGCUCAAUGUUGGCAACCUGGAUCAGGUAGACUAAACUGGACUGGUAAUCAAGGAACGGUUAAACCUAAAUUAUUUUUCACUUCAACAAAUCAGUAAGUAAAUUAUCAUUAUAAUUAACCUGUGUUGAAAAAAAUAUUGUUUAAGUUAUGUUAAUUUUUAAAUCUUACUGCAUUGUGCUUGCUAAUACUCAUAUAAAACCAAUUGAAACUUCUAGUAAAACUAAAUAAACUAGUGUUUUGCAUUAAAAAUGAAAUCCUUCAAAGUUUUAGAAUUAAUAUUUAUGUUUAGGGAUUAUAAAAAAUAUGUAAUAUGUUAUAUUUAUAUAAUACAUUAUAUUAAUUUACAAAAGUCUACUAAUGUAGUCUAGUAUUGACAUUUUUACUAAUUUUAAUAUUAAAGUAAAUGAGAAAAUGUGAAGAUUUAAAAAUGAUAUCAUGUAUUUUAAUGGUUUUUUUUUUCAUUUUUUGUUACGUUAGAGAUGAAUCAAGUGGUCCAUCCUUAUUAUCAAUGAUGAAAAAGCGUAAUGGUUUUUCGGAAGCGACAGAACGUGAAAUAGAGAUGUUAAACACUAUUAGAAAAUAUUUAUUAGAGAACAAUCAGUCUGUCAACACUGAUCAAAUAGUAAAUCAAUUUAAGAAUAAAUAUUCAGCUGAAGAUACUCCACUUUUCAAAUCGUUAUUAAGUGAAGUCUGCACUUUUAACAGAUGCCCUGAUAAAACUGGUAUUUGGACAUUAAAACCAAAGUAUUAUUGA